UAGUUGUGCGGUUGUUUUUUUCCGUAAAGUUUACUUCCGUAUAUAUUAAUUCAUUUUACUUUGAAUAAAAUCCCAUGGACGUUUACCAUUAUAUAAGAAUGACGCAAAGGAGACAUAUAUCGUAGUCUGAGAGUAUUAACUGAAAGGAAUCAAAGAAUGGCUUCUGGACCAGACCCUGGCGGCCGUUCCAGGUUUGCUAAACUCGGAAUGGCAAUUAAUGAAGAAAUGACCCAGGCCUGUAGAGAUGUCUUAGAAAUGGAAGUACCUCCUGGGCUUGUCUACAACAAAGUGAAGUUAUCAUCGAUUUAUAAAAACAUACGUCCUGAGCAAGAACGUCGUCUUAUAGGCGCCAAAACUGAUGGUUAUAAAGAAUUUGAUAUAACACUGUUAUAUACACUGAUAAGAAACAUAUGUACAAAGAUUCCUCGUCCAACAAAAGGUUGGGGUGGAAGCACGAUGCCGUCAGUAGGAGAAAUAACGAUUGGCGAUGACGUUGAGAGGAUUAGGAUGAUAAGAAACACUAUGUUUGGACACAUAAGCUCGGCCUCUACCUCACAGACAGAUUUUGAUGACACGUGGUCAAUCAUAACUGAUAUCUGCCAAAGGCUGCAAGCGUACACAAACAAAGACUAUUUGUCUGGACUGAGUAAUAUUCAAAGUCAGGCCUUAGAAGAGGAGUUCGAAACAACAAUCAUAGAAAAACUUAGGGAAGAUUAUAAAAAUAACCAAUCUCUACUGGAAAAAAUAUCUUCUGUGGAAAAGGAUUUGCAAGAAUUGAAAAGAAAAUUCGAAGACAAAGAAAACACUCUGGUAAAAGAGAUUCUGGACAAUUGGCGGGAAGACGAUGUUGCCUUCAUUUCUACAAGAGCAAGUGAAGUGGUUCAAGAGAAGCUCAAAAGUCUUAACCUUAUUACAGUGGUUGGAAAUUCUGGGUCCGGAAAAUCUGCAAUAAUUCAACAUAUUGCACUCAUUCUUAAAGAGCAGGGAUGGAAUGUCAUACCGGUGGAUAAGGUGGAAGAAAUAAAAAAGAUCUGUUCAACUGGAGUCUCAGAAAAUCGUAUUUUAUUUGUAUUAAAUGAUCCUUUAGGUAAGGAGUCGUUAGAUGAAAUUUUGUAUCACUCGUGGAAAAGUUUAGAGAAAACGCUGGAGAUUUGCUUGAAAAAGAAUAAACUAUUAAUAUCAUGUAGAAGAUGCGUCUUUUAUGACAAGAGAAUCAAGGGUAACUUAUUAGAUGACUCAUCUGUAGUAGAAAUUGACAACGAAAAAAAUGGACUGACGAUUGACGAGAAAAGAACGAUCUUAAAUCGGUAUUCACAGAAUCUUCAUUUAUCCGAGGAGGUUGUUACUGAAAUAAUAAAAACGGAAGCUUACUUCCCAUUGCUUUGUAAGCUUUAUUCAAGGGAGGCGAACUACAAAGAAAAGGGGGUCGAUUUCUUUAAAAAUCCGUACAAAUUUAUUAAAAAGGAAAUUGAAAUUUGGAAGAAAACUGACAAGAAAAGAUUUUGCUCACUUAUCUUGAUAGUGGCUUUUAAAAACAAUUUGAAAAUCGAUGCUAUUGUAAAAAAUGAUAUUUGUUUGAUGAAAUUUAAAGAAGUUUUAGGUAUGUGUGAGUUACAAGAAAACACACAUGUAUCAGUCAUUCGUAGUACUCUACAUGAACUGAAAGGAUCUUAUGUCAAACGUGUCGGAAAUCUUUUCCAAUUCCUUCACGACUUUAUUAUGGAGAUAACGACUCUGGUGUUUGGUGUUGAUUGUCCACAAGAAACAAUACAGUACGCAGACAGUGGUUUUCUGAGACGACGUGUGAGGAUAGAAGACGAUACAGAAGAGGAAGAUCGCGAUCCUUUCACUGUUUACCUUCCUGAAGAGUACAUUGAUGAUCUUGUGGACAGGUUUAUUAGUGAUAUGCAAACAGAACACAUUGUAGAUGUUCUACUCAAUCCAUGUUUACGCAAUGAAAGUGCAAUCAAAUCUUUUAAGGAAAAAAUUGAAUCACCAGGAAAGCUUCUUGUGAGAAUUGAAUGUGAUUUAGACAGAUCAGAUUUUACAAAAGAAUUUAAGGGCACUGGAACUUUCUUCUCAAGACUUAACAUUAUUGAUGUGGAAGGUGAAAUAUGUCCUUUAGUCGGACUAAUCGUAUUUUGUCACACUGAUAUUUCUUCCUUUCUCUUAAAAAGUAUCCCGGAAACGAAGUUAAGGGAGUAUCCUAUAUUCCCUGCUAUAUGUGCUAAUGGCGAUUUAAAACUACUUAAUUCUCUCAGCAAUAAUUAUAAAAAAUCAGGUAUACUAGAAAAAUGGAAUGGGUUUUUUCCAAUUCACAUUGCUUGUUUAUUUCAUAACUUUUCAAUAAUUCAAGAAUUAGUUAACCUUGGUAGUGAUGUAAACAUGCUUUUCGGUGAUGAAAUGAUCAGUCCAUUGUUUUUUGCUGCUGUAAAUGAUGAGAGACAUUUGAAAGAAGCUGGAAUGGAUACCAAUGCCGAACAAAAACGCAAUGAAACUAUCAUCUGCUUAUUAAACAAUGGUGCUGACAUCAAUGCAUGUGAUAAAGAUGGAAACAGUCCUCUUUCAAUAGCCUGUGAUUUUGGAUAUGAUAGCCCUGUACAACUGUUACUGAAUAACGGUGCCGACAUCAAUUUAUGUGAUAACGAUGGAUUCAGUCCUCUUUAUAUAGCCUGUCAAAAUGGACAUGAUAGCACGGUACAACUGUUACUGAACAACGGUGCCGACAUCAAUUUAUGUGAUAACGAUGGAUUCAGUCCUCUUUGUAUAGCUUGUCAAAAUGGACAUGAUAGCAAGGUACAAUUGUUACUGAACACCGGUGCCGACAUCAAUUUAUGUAAUAAAAAUGGAUUCAGUCCUCUUCAUAUAGCUUGUCAAAAUGGACAUGAUAGCACGGUACAACUGUUACUGAACAACGGUGCCGACAUCAAUUUAUGUGAGAAGAAUGGAGCCAGUCCUCUUUAUAUAGCUUGUCAAAAUGGACAUGAUAGCACGGUACAACUGUUGCUGAACAACGGUGCCGACAUCAAUUUAUGUAAUAUUAAUGGAGCCAGUCCUCUUUAUAUAGCUUGUCAAAAUGGACAUGAUAGUACGGUACAACUGUUACUGAACAACGGUGCCGACAUCAAUUUAUGUGAGAAGAAUGGAGCCAGUCCUCUUAAUAUAGCUUGUCAUAAUGGACAUGAUAACAUGGUACAACUGUUACUGAACAACGGUGCUGACAUCAAUUUAUGUGAUAAUGAUGGAUUCAGUCCUCUUUCUAUAGCUUGUCAAAAUGGACUUGAUAGCACGGUACAACUGUUAAUGAACAACGGUGCUGACAUAAAUUUACGUGAUAAAGAUGGAAACACAUUUCUUUUUGGGUAGCUUGUGAAAACUCACAUUGCAGCACAAUCGAACUUCUAUUAAAUUCAGGUGCUGAUGUAAAUUUAUGCAACAAAGGCAACUGUAGUCCGUUGUUCCUAGCAUGUUUCAAUGGAAAUGAAGGCAUGGUUAAACUGUUAUUGAACAAUGGGGCAGACAUCAAUUUAUGUGACAACGAAGGAACCAGUCCACUCUACAUAGCCUGUGAAAAUGGACACUACAGCACGGUCGAAUUAUUAUUAUUAAGAAAUAAUACUUGUGUUAAUUUGUGCAAUAAAGACAACAAGAGUCCACUGUACAUAACAUACUUAUAUGGUCAUGACAGUAUCGCUGAACUUUUACUACAAUAUGGUGCUGAGUUUUUAUUCUGAAGAUGGAUUCAAUGAUUUCUCAACUCAAGUGCGUUUACAUUAUUUCUGAGAUAUGGAGCAAAGCAAAUUUAAGCUUUGAUUAGACCUUGCAAAAAUGAUGGAGUGCUUGGAAUUCAUGUUUUAUGUUUAGUUUACAAAUAUUUAUCGCUUUUAAAAAAUUGUGUGGAUUUUUUUUUCUUUUAAGUUUAGUAAUUAUUGCAGUAAUGUUAAUCGCCAAAUUUUCUGUGACAAUUGUUUCUUUUGAGAUGGAUGCUGCGUUUGUAAAAGCGAGAUGGAGAUAUUGCACUUAAAAGAAUUUUUUUCUCUAGAGUUUUUUUUUUGGUUGAUAUUUAAUAGUAAUACUUUUAUACGCAAGAAUUAUUAUUAUUAUUUUUUGUUAGAAAACACACAAAAGAGUUUUUUUUUUGAAUAAAAAGUUUACGUAUUCACAGACAUUUAUUUAGCUAACUUAUUUUUUUUUUGUCAUAUGGCUUUCUUUAUUAUAUUGUACUACUGCUAUUUAAAGGUUUAAGCUAUUAAAAAAAUUUCAGUCUUAUAAAGCGUCUUGUUUCAAAAGAGCAAGGUCGUCCGGCUACAUCAAUCUUUUUGUUCUUGUUAGCAGCAAGGGAGCAGUCGUUAUUUGAUAUAAAGGUAAACCAUAGCACUGUGUUUUUGUAAUAUUUAAAUUUAUUGUGUCAGAUGAGUAAUGAUUAUUUAUUUGGGUGUAAUUAAGGGCUUAAUUUAAAAAAAUCUUAACUAAAUAUAGGUGACACAUGUGUUCGAACUGUUAUGUUUUCAACAUAUAGUUAUAUUCUGUUGAUUAAUCGAAAUUCGUUUGGAACAAUUUAAUUUAAUUGUAUAAAGAUUAUAUGUUCGGGGUGGGGGGUUAUUUAUCAUAUAUUCCUUAAUAUGAACAGAUCAUCACGGCAUGUGUCUUUUAAGCCCCUGAACAACAAUUAGCCGAAGAAGGUACGCAAAAUUCUAUGAAAUAAAAAUUCUCGUCACAGACACAUUUCUUUUUUUUAAUGCAUGUUUUGCAAUUGUCGAUAUAUAAUUGAUUUCUUUUUUUUUCUUUUCUUUUCUUUUUUGAAAUUGAAAAUGUGUGUACAUGUAUUAAUUUUGUGUGUUGAUUUCAUUUAUAGUGCUUUGAUUUAUAUUGUGCAUUGUUUGAACUUGAGAAUGUCUGUAUAUGUAUAUUAAUUUUGUUUGUUGAUUUCGUUUGAAGUGCUUUGAUUUAUAUUAUGCAUUGUUUGAACUUGCAUAUGCCUGUACAAUGUACAUGUAUUAAUUCUGUAUUUGUUUUUUUGUUUGAUUUUUUUUAUAGUUCUUUGUUUGAAAUCAUGCAUUGUUUAUUAAUCGUCAUUCGGGAUUAUUCAUUCCGUUUUGUUAGAAUACGAAGAAUGAAGGAAUGUUGAAAAUAUAUAUGUUUGUGCAAAAUUGUUUCUCUGAGUUAAUCUAAAAUUACAUAUCGACA